AUGGCGGCGGAGGACGAGUACGCCGCCGCGGAAAGUGGCCUCCAACGUCGGCUGCGGCGGCCGCCGCGUGUGUGCUUCUCCUUCGCGGCGUACGCCAAGACGGUCGUCGGGCGGCUUCGUGAACUGGGUUUACCCGUCGUGGAAGGAGUUUCCGAUGAGGAAAUCUCGAGGAUCGAGUCGUCCCACGCGUUCUUCUUCCCCCCAGAUCUCCGGGAGGUCCUCCGGGAGGGCCUGCCGAUAGGAACUGGGUUUCCUAACUGGCGCUCCGCUUCACCGGAACAGCUUCAGCUCCUAAUCUGUCUCCCCACGUCCGACCUCCUCCACGAGGUCUCGUGGGGACGUUUCUGGUGCGAGUCCGCGUGGGGUUCGAAGCCUCACGGCGCUGCCGAAGCUCUGAGAGUGGCCGAGAGUGUAAUGGAGACGGCUCCUCUUCUCGUCCCCAUUUACCAGCACUUCUACAUGCCUUCCCGACCGAACACGGCGGGGAAUCCAGUCUUCUUCGUCCGCGGCGGCGAGGUGAGACGCUCCAACGUCGAUCUCACGGAUUUUUUUCAGCGUGAGGAAUUCACGAGGGAAACUGGGGGGAAGGCGGCGCCCUCUCCGCCGGAUUCGGCGCCCGCCUGGGCAUCGACAUCGCCGAGGCCGAUCGAUGUGUGGACGCAGCUGGCAGAGGGCGGACGCGUUAUACGGCGGCCGGAGAGGACGGCUUCCACGGUUACGACGCCCCAGUUGCGGAAAUUGCUGGAGCAUCUGGAGUGGAAGCUGAGGGAAGGGGGAUGGACGAAGAGGGAGGCGAGGGAGAUGAUGUCGGCGGGUGUCAGCGAACAAUCCUCCAGUGGCCAGCCAUCGCCGGCCGACGCUUACAGCUUGGGGGGCCAUGUUCGGGCCCUGGCAGUGGCGCUUCUCCAGGCGGGGUGGAGCCAAGGGGAUGUGGCGUACUCCUUGGGGGACGUCAGCGUGAACCCUCAGCGGAGGAACGACGCCUCCAUGGAGCAGUAG